AUGGGCGUCCACCUGAUCCCGGUGUCCGUAGCUAAGAAUGGAGCGAGUAGCAAGAGUCGAAAGAGAAUCAUGCCCGACCCGGUGACAGAGCCCCCCGGGAUGGAUCCUGUCUACGAAGCUCUCUUGUACUGCAACAUUCCCAGCGUGGCCGAGCGCAGCAUGGAAGGUCAUGCUCCGCACCAUUUUAAGCUGGUCUCGGUGCACGUGUUCAUUCGGCACGGGGACAGGUACCCGCUGUACGGCAUUCCCAAAACAAAGCGACCAGAAAUUGACUGCACUCUAGUGGCUGACAGGAAACCGUACCACCCGAAGCUGGAAGCCUUCGUCAGUCACAUGUCCAAGGGAUCCGGAGCCUCGUUCGAAAGCCCCUUACACUCCCUGCCUCUCUUCCCCAACCACCCGCUCUGCGAGAUGGGAGAGCUCACACAGACAGGGGUCGUGCAGCACCUGCAGAACGGCCAGCUGCUGAGGGACAUCUACCUGAAGAAGCACAAGCUCCUGCCCGCGGACUGGUCCCCCGAGCAGCUCUACCUGGAGACCACAGGGAAGAGCCGGACGCUGCAGAGCGGGCUGGCCCUGCUGUACGGCUUCCUCCCGGACUUCGACUGGAGGAAGGUGUACUUCAGGCACCAGCCCAGCGCCCUGUUCUGCUCGGGGAGCUGCUCCUGCCCGGCGAGGAACCACUACCUGGAGCGGGAGCAGCGCCGGCAGUACCUCCUGCGCCUGCGGAGCGGCCCGCUGGAGCGGGCCUACGGGGACAUGGCCCGCAUCCUGGACGUGCCCACCAAGCAGCUGCGGGCCGCCAACCCCAUCGACUCGCUGCUCUGCCACUUCUGCCACAACCUCAGCUUCCCCUGCGCCCGGGGCGGCUGCAUCGGCAUGGACCACUUCAAGGCCAUCAAGGCCCACCAGAUGGAGGACGAGCGGGAGCGCCGGGAGAAGAAGCUGUACCUGGGCUACGCGCUCCUGGGCGCCCACCCGCUCCUGAACCGGACGGUGGGCCGCCUGCUGCGCGCCGCCGAGGGCCGGCGGGAGGGGGCCUUCGCCCUCUACUCCGCGCACGACGUCACCCUGUCCCCCCUGCUCAGCGCCCUGGGCCUGGCGGAGGCCCGGUUCCCGCGGUUCGCGGCCAGGCUGGUCCUGGAGCUCUGGCAGGACCGGGAGGGGCCCGGGGGGCACGCCGUGCGGGUGCUGUACGACGGCGCGGACGUCACGCGGCACACCGCCUUCUGCCAGGACCGCCGCGGGCGCUGGCCCACGCCCAUGUGCCCCCUGGACAACCUGGUCCGCUUCGUCCGGAGGGACAUGCUGGAGGCCCUGGGCCCCGGCAGCACCAGCUACUACGAUGCCUGCCACCGGAAAGGGCUCUGA